CGGCCGCACUCAGUCAGUGAGAGUGUGUCGUCGAUGGCGGUGGCCAGGCGGUUGUGCUGCUCCCAGGCCGCCGGCGGGGGGCCCUUGCUGCGGGAGCCGGGGCCGCGCUCCCCGGACUCGCUGCUCGACAUCACCGCCAAGAUCGUCGCCGAGAACAUCCCCUUCCAGCGGAUCGAGGAGCGCUACGACCGCAUCCCCGAGCCGGUGCAGCGCAGGAUCAUCUUCUGGUCGUUCCCGAGGAACGAGCGUGACAUAUGCAUGUACAGUUCGCUGUCGCGAGUGCCGCCUGUUAACGCGGGGGCCGAGCCCCAGAACCUCUCCUUCUGCAAGGGAUUAAAGCUGCUGGAGACCGGGUGCGUCGACAGCGUACUGCAAGUUGGUUUUCAUCUAAGCGGUAUCGUAACCGCGUCCCGGACUUCGCCUCUUCAGACAACGUUGCCUUGUGGAGUUCAAGAGCCACCUCAAAAAUUCAAAGUGUCUGUGAGUUUUGACAGAUGCAAAAUUACCUCUGUGACCUGCAGUUGCGACACGAAGGAUAUCUUCUGGUGUCAACACGUCGUGGCAUUGUCCCUCUACAGAAUUCGGAAUGCGGAGAGCGUCCGGUUGCGGGUUCCAAUUUCAGAAACUCUUUUGCAAAUGGAUCGUCAACAGCUUCAGAAAUUUGUACAGUAUUUGAUAUCGGAGCACCAUACGGAAGUGCUGCCAACCGCCCAAAAACUAGCCGAUGAAAUUUUACAGCAGCGCUCCGAAAUUAAUCAGAUCCCUGGCGCCCCCGAUCCGACCGCCGGCGCGUCAGCGGAUGAUGAACACUCUUGGCAUUUGGACGAAGAACAAGUAUGCGAACAAGUCAAGUCCUAUCUGUCACAAGGCGGUUAUUACAACGCCAACAAACAACUCAACUCGUUAUUUUCAAAGGUGCGUGAAAUGCUACGCGCUCAAGAUUCCAACGGGGCGAGAAUGUUGACGUUGAUUACUGAACAGUUCCUCUCCGAUCCCCGGUUGCAAAUGUGGCGUAACCAAGGUACACCAAUGACUGAUAAAUGUAGACAAUUGUGGGAUCAACUGGGUUCCUUAUGGGUAUGCAUCGUUCUUAAUCCGAAUUGUACCCAACACGAGAAACAGCAAUGGAAAGUACUGUUGGAGAAGUGGACGUUGAUUGACGUCUGUCCGCCCGAAGAUCCCGAUUUUAGGUUACAGGAUCACUCGCAUCGGGAUUCGUAUAUCAGUAGGGACAGGGAUAGGGAUAGAGAUCGGUACUAUCACGAGAGGGAUAGGGACCGGUACGCCGAUAGGGAACGGGAUAGGAGGGAUCGCAGGGAUCGGGACAGGGAGAGGGAAAGAGACAGAAAUCGAGCCGCUUACGAUUCGUCAGAUAGCUCGGAAGACGACGAUGGCGACAGUUCGUACAGUCCUAGAAAUAGUAAACGAUUACGAUUAUCAGGGAGUCAUUCUAAGUCAAGCGUACCAACGUUACCAAGGACAAUUUUUCACAGGGCGUUAGAUGCGGUGGGCAUGUCUUGGGAUAACAUGCACUUAAAAAACAUUUUAUCUAGUGAUACAUACUGUUCACAUGUUCCUGACACAACUAGUUCCGGCAGUUUUAAUUCACAAGGCCAGCCUUUAUGGCACGAACCGAUACCAUUAUGUGCGGCUCGAGUCGACUCCUUGCGUUCCCACGGUCACAUGGAGGCCGCUUUACGACUGGCGGUUUCUGUAGUACGUACGAUGAAGCAACAGCAAUUGGUUGCGCAACGUCGUUGGCACGAGAGUCAGCAAGCCAGCACGAGUAGCAGUAGCAAUAGCAAAUGCCAAACGAGUUGCAAAACGACGCCGUGUACGUCCCGAUGCACGGGGCAGUGUAAUAGCAAGUCGUGUUCGACCACCUCGAACACAGCUCCUGCCAACACGGAUUGUUGGGUGGGACAUCCCUUGGACCCCAUCGGUACUCUUUUCGAUACGCUUGCCGAUUCUUCGAUCAUUCCAGACGACCAAAGGCCUCGUACUCCGAGUUAUCUCGAUAUCGUAGGGAUGGAAGAACAGCACAACAUCAGGCCGAGGUAUCACCAUGUGCCUGUGGUGGGGUCCCGGGACCGGUCCGAAACCUACCUAACUUUGGCGUUCGAAGUGGCUUUGAUCGGUCUAGGGCAACAGAGGAUAAUGCCAGUGGGGUUGUACGCACAGGAGAAGGCGUGCAAACAGGAGGACCGGCUCAUAGCCAAGCUGCAGGAAAUCGAGUUGGAUAACAGUCUCAUAGCCGUGCUUCGACGCCAAGCCAUUAUUCUCCUUGAAGGAGGCCCAACUAGUGGCCUAGGGAUCGGUAUUCACCCUGAGAGUAUUCCAAUGCACACCUUCGCUCGGUUUCUUUUUCUGUCGCUUCUGAGCUGUUACCCGGACCUGGCCUACGAAGUCGGUUUGCGAGCGAUGCGACUCCCCCUGCUGGAGGAGCACGAGGAUUCGGAUGACCCUCUUGGGGGCAAUAGCAGUUCGUUGAUGAUGAGGGGCUCUCCAAGGUGGUUCACUUUGGGUCACAUUGAAACGCAGCAAUGCGCUCUCAGUUCGACGAUGCUCAGUGCGGCCAAGGGCGAAGUUAUGAGACUGCGAACGGUGCUGGAAUCGUCCCAGAGGCAUAUCCACAGUUCUUCCCAUUUGUUUAAACUUGCUCAAGACGCGUUUCGGUUUGCGACGCCUGAGAAUGGACCCAGACAUCCCACCUUGCUGAGUGUGGCCUUUGAGUUGGGCCUGCAGGUUAUGAGGAUGACUUUGUCGUCUCUAAACUGGCGGCGACGUGAGAUGGUGAGAUGGCUGGUGACUUGUGCGACGGAAGUGGGAGUCGACGCGCUUAUUUCAAUUAUGCAGAAUUGGUAUCAGUUUUUUACAGCGACUGAAGCAACCGGCCCUGUUGCUACCACAAUAAUGUCACAUAGUACCAUUAUGCGUCUUAAUCUUAGUUUUAGUCAACAAGAAGAAUUGUCCAGUUGUGCGAGAACGUUAGCUCUGCAAUGUGCAACUAAGGACCCUCCAAAUUGUGCCUUGAACGCGUUGACGUUGUGCGAGAACGAGGCUCUGGCCUUUGAGACCGCUUACCAGAUUGUCGUGGAUGCAGCCUCACACAUCAUGACAUCUUCGCAACUCUUUACCAUUGCCAGAUACAUGGAACAUAGGGGCUAUCCAACCCGGGCCUACAAGCUAGCCAUGUUGGCUAUGAAAAAUGUUCAUCUCGCUUACAAUCAGGAUACCCAUCCAGCAAUAAACGACAUCCACUGGGCGUGCGCCUUGAGCCAUUCGUUGGGCAAAACCGAACUGACAAACAUGAUCCCCCUCCUCGUUAAAAACGUUCAGUGCGCCACCGUGUUGUCGGACAUUCUCCGUCGGUGCAGCAUGACCGCUCCGGGCAUCUCCUGCUCCCAUGCGCCCCCUUUAGAAACCGGAAAACACCAUUCGCAUCCGCACCGGAGUCGAAGCUGCGCUCCCGGAAUCAAGCCACUGUCGUACGACAGACCCCCCUUGCGGCAGCUGCUGGAGGCCGCCGUGGCCGCCUACAUCAACACCACGCAUUCACGGCUAACACAUAUCUCGCCGAGGCAUUACGGCGAUUUCAUAGACUUUUUAACAAAGGCCAGAGACACGUUCGUGUUGGCGCACGAUGGCCACGCGCAGUUUACGCAAUUAAUCGAGAACAUGAAGGUGGCGUACAAAGGCAAGAAGAAACUCAUGUUUCUGGUAAAAGAGAGGUUCGGCUGAUAUAACUUGAAAAAGUGGUACAUGUAGUGUGUGCGUUUUUAACGCGGAUCGCCACGAUGAUGGAAGCCUAGCGGUCUUCAAGCGCCUGUACUAUAUGUAGCUCGCUUCAAUUCUUUUCAUAGUCUAAUCUAACUGGACAAUAUUCAUGAAAUGAGAUUUUUUUCGUAUGUAUUUAUUGACUGUUUAUUCCCCCCUGAACAGACUGAUUUUAUUGUUUUAUGGGCAACCGGGCCAAACUUCACGCUGGUCACGUGAUAAUCAUAAUUAUGUGUAUAUUUUUAGGUAAUAAAUAAGUAAGAGGUCAGCUUGAACUUUGACGGGUUGCACUGGAUCUCAUUUGUACUUGUAGUAUUAUUUUUAUUUUCGUCAGCAUUUCUAUUUUUACGUUUUAGGGUCUCGUAAAUCCAGGAUAUAAAUUGGUAGGAAAGGCAUAACUAGUUUUUCGUAUUUGUGCGCAGCUUGCUUUUUUCUACCGAUGUGUACUUGGGGUUUGCCAAACCUUACGUUUCCUCUGUCCCAUGUCGCUUUUUUAGUAUUUAAUGUUAAUUUGUUUACCAAAGAUUGUUGUUUGUAUAGUAUUUAUGUACAUAUACCGUAAGAGAGACAGUCUCAUUAGUUAAUUGGGAAGCAUACUUGAGGUGCCGUUUGAACUUCCUCGUGCGCCACUCGUUUAUUUCACACCUAUCAAGGGAUGCUUUCCACAAAUACAAGGUAAAUGCUUCCUGUUAUAUUUAUAUAAUACAGUAUAUCAAUAAGUACAAAAUAACUCUAAACACGCAGUCGACCAAGCUGUAGCGCGAUGUCAGCUGUCAUUCCGUAAGCUACCUCUCCGAGCUAAACCUAACAACAUUCAACCGCGCUUUGUUCAUGUUUAGUUUUAUUUUUCAGGUUGGGUGUUUCCAAAUUGACUGAAUUAUACGAGAAAAAUCAAAUCGACCCGCUUAGCUCUCCCGUUUUUAUUUAGAGGCAACCGAUACUUUCGACAAGAUUUCAAAAAAAUACGAAAAUGUAACGUCGCUGCCGCAACAUCUUGUUUUGUUGUUUUUCGUGUCUGUGAUUGAAUCUUUUUAUUUAAUGAUUACGUUCGUCCAGUGCCACUAAAAUAAUAAGUUAGUGAAAAAAACAUCGUUGACUUUUAAGUUUUUUCUUUUGGUAUUAAGGAGAUGUAAAUAUUGACUUGGCCAAAUUGGUACACGUUCCAUUCCAAUAAAAAUGAUUUUAUAUAAUUCGUUGUUGUAUUGUGUUUUUUUGUGUAUAAUAAUCAUUAGGAAAAUGUACAUAUUGCCAAAAACAUUUUAGUUCUUUAUUUGUUAAAAUGCAAUUAUUGCGUUCAGUCUGUCUGUGUAUUAAUAAUUUAUGAUUAUUUUUACGAUAAUAAAAAUAUUUGUAAUUCA